UCAUCUCGCUGCUAGGUGAGCGCUGGCCUCGCGAUAGCCGCCCACUGGUAUCAAAGCCCCGUUCGAGAAGUGGAUGCUGACAGCCAGGCGCGCGGUGCAGUCUGUCGGUCAUCAUGCAAAGGUUAUUACGCUGGAUCCGCUCCAUCGAGCCUCCGAGGAAGCCGCUCCUCUACGACUGCAACGUUGAAGACGUGUAGCAAACACACGCAAGCCAACACCGGGCAUUAUUUGGAGAGGAAUAGAAGCAGGUGUGAACCAAUGGAAGUCAGCUCGGCGUUUCUUCGACCCACAGUGUGCGGGCUGGCUCCUCUCGGCGGAAAAGUGGCUUGAUGAGUGUCCAAAGUAACAGUGGAAGUGGUGGUGGAAGUUUGGAGGCGACGCCAUCUUGGUCGCAGCUCUCCUCCUCCCCAACGAUUUCUCAACAACAUAUAACGGCGACCACAAAGCUCAAAGAAGCUUGCCCAAUGGAGGAGCUGCAUAGCUUGGACCCCCGGAGACAGGAGCUUCUAGAGGCCAGGUUCACGGGAGCUGUCAGUGGCAACACAGUAGGCAGCACUGGGAGCAUGAGUGGAGGUGCCAAGGGUCUGGCUAACGAGUCGUCCAACCACAGUUACGGAAGUCUUGGCUCGUCCAGCGACAAGGAGUCUGAGAAUUCUGAUAUGAAAAGAGGGAGCUCCCCUGCCUACUCAACCCCAGAGAAGAAGCACUCUGAAUCAUCCAGAGGGAGGAAAAGGAAAGCUGACACCUAUUCAGAGAGCAGUCAAGGGAAGUCUUCUACUCGUGCACCCAAGAUAAGCGACUACUUUGACUUCCAGGGUGGAAAUGGCUCCAGUCCUGUUCGAGGCCUGCCAUCGGCUCGCCGUUCUCCACAGAGCUCACACUCGGCGCCUGGCUCAAUUAUCCGCCAGAACAGCUCCUCCCCCACCAGUUUGUGUUUUGGGGAACACAAUAGCAGAUCCUGUAAAUUUGUCCAGACGGAGUUAACAGGACUGAAACUUGCAGCUCUUGAGAGCAACAAGAGUCUGGACCUGGAGAAAAAAGAGGGACGAAUAGAUGAUCUUCUCAGGGCUAACUGUGACCUGCGGAGGCAGAUCGAUGAACAGCAAAAACUCCUUGAGAAAUACAAGGAAAGGCUCAACAAGUGCAUCACUAUGAGCAAGAAACUUCUCAUCGAGAAGAGCACCCAGGAGAAGCAGUCAUGCCGUGAGAAGAGCAUGCAGGACCGCCUACGUCUCGGCCAUUUCACCACUGUGAGACACGGAGCGUCCUACACGGAGCAGUGGACUGACGGAUAUGCAUUCCAAAACCUGAUCAAGCAACAAGAAGGUAUCAACCAGCAGAGAGAGGAUAUAGAGCGACAGCGAAAGCUGCUCGCCAAGAGGAAGCCUCCCAACCCCGCCUCUCCCUCCCUCUCUGUGGCCUCAGCCUCCGAACCCAAGCAGAGAAAAACCAAGGUGGUCAACGGCAAUGAUUCAGACCCUUUCCUCAAGCCAUCCCUGCCCCAGCUAUUGACCCUUGCUGAGUACCAUGAGCAGGAAGAAAUAUUCAAGCUCCGCCUUGGACAUCUGAAGAAGGAGGAGGCUGAGAUACAAGCGGAGCUUGAGCGGUUGGAGCGUGUAAGGAACCUCCAUAUCAGAGAGCUGAAAAGGAUAAACAAUGAAGACAGCUCAGCGUUUAAAGACCAUCCCACUCUGAACGAAAGGUACCUGUUGCUGCACUUGCUGGGCAGGGGCGGCUUCAGUGAAGUCUACAAGGCUUUUGACUUGUUUGAGCAGCGCUACGCAGCUGUUAAAAUCCACCAGCUCAACAAGAACUGGAGGGAGGAGAAAAAAGAGAACUACCACAAGCAUGCAUGCAGAGAGUACCGGAUACACAAACAGCUGGACCAUCCCAGAAUAGUCAAACUAUAUGACUAUUUCUCCCUGGAUACUGACACGUUCUGUACAGUCCUGGAGUUCUGCGAAGGCAACGACUUGGACUUCUACCUGAAGCAAAACAAACUGAUGUCAGAGAAGGAGGCUCGCUCCAUUGUCAUGCAGAUUGUCAGCGCUCUGCGCUAUCUUAAUGAGAUUAAACCUCCCAUCAUUCACUACGACCUUAAACCUGGUAACAUAUUAUUAGUGGAUGGAACUGCUUGUGGUGAAAUCAAAAUCACAGACUUUGGUCUGUCAAAGAUUAUGGAUGACGAUAAUUACGGCGUGGACGGGAUGGACCUCACAUCUCAGGGAGCGGGCACCUACUGGUACCUCCCUCCGGAAUGUUUUGUGGUGGGGAAGGAGCCACCCAAAAUUUCCAACAAGGUGGAUGUAUGGUCUGUGGGAGUCAUCUUCUUCCAGUGCCUCUAUGGGCGCAAGCCAUUUGGUCACAACCAAUCUCAGCAGGACAUCCUCCAGGAAAACACAAUCCUCAAAGCCACUGAGGUCCAGUUCCCUGCUAAACCACAGGCCAGCACAGAGGCCAAGGCGUUUAUCCGCCGCUGUCUGGCCUACCGCAAAGAGGACAGGUUCGACGUGCACCAGCUGUGCUCCGAUUCCUACCUUCUUCCUCACAUGAGACGCUCCAACUCCUCCGGCUCGCUGCAGCCCGCCGCCUCUUCGCUCGCCACCUACUGAUUGGCUCUCGGGAUCGAUGGCAUCAUCUGGCCACUUCUAGGACAGAAUUGAAGGCAAUAGAUCAUCGUUUGUGGAUAUCUGUUCUUUAACCAGAGAUCUUCCCGAAUGGAUCAAUUAACAAAAGAGCCUAAUUAAAGGGAAAUCAUAGCAAGAUAAGGACACAAUGGGCUGUUGUGCACUGGCUUUAACUAUGAAAGAGGAGAAUCAAGUCAAACGGCGGAAGAAAAUCCAGAUGGGGCUUUCACAGGCUAUAUUUAAUAACCCCUUAUGAGACUUUUGAACAGCUUGUAGAUGCCCUGUUUAUCCACGACGCUCAACAUGGGGUUGAGGGUAACUUCAUCAGAAAGACUACUGCUGCCAAGGACAAUGACUUGGAGAAGUUCAUCUAUUCGUUGACAUAAAGGAUGAUCCAUGUAAUUGUCGGGAGGGGGGGGGGGGGCUUGUUAAUCCAGAUAACAAAAACAAAACAAAUCUGGUGUUCAUUUGCACUUCCUAUCCAGAUUGUGUUCCUCUGGUGCCACAGGUUUGCAGCAAUGCGCAGAUUAGAACAGAAAUGUCAAAAUCCAUUGUUGUCUCAGAAAAAUCACGCACCAGCCUGGGCUUAGCUGGAGCGAACUGAGAACUCGCGCUGCCGGCCCCACUCGCAAGUACACACGGAGGCUUCCCAUCGUCUCACAUCGUUUUCCUUCAGGAAGCUCAACUCUUUGCUGCUACAACUGUUGCUUUUAGUUAGUAAUGCGUGAAUGGCUUUGGCCUCUAUUAAGUACAAACUUGAACCGUUUUCCCCAUUUUUGGUCAUGUGUAUUAUUGUUUAGCUUCCAGCGGACAUGUUAGGAGCAGGAGAGGACACAUCAAAGUAACUGGCAUAGCACUAUCGCGAUUGAAUAACCAGAUUUUCUUGUAGUUAACAUACAGGUGAUGAUAGUCUAGAAAACGGCCAUUGCGAGAACGGAAGACGUCAAAUAAUUUUCCGUUGUCAGUAUGGCCAAGUGAUGUCGACUUACUCAACCAAACACAUUCAAACACCUUGGCAGCCUUGCAAACAGUCGUAUUGUAGAAGUCUUAGCAACAUGUCACAGAACACAACUGCAGGGUUUCUACUCACUAACUACAGUGCUAUCAAAAAAAAAAAAA